AUGCUUGUGGUGUUUGGACUCCUGGUGAUGUUAACCAGACUCUCUAAUGGUAAGAGGCUAUAGUUGUUUGUCUAUGGAGGUCAUGCAUGUUCUAACAAUAAGGCAGUGUUAUAAAGGGUGUUUAACUGAAUAAUUACAGCAGAAUACAAUGCUGUGUUAUUAUGAGAAGAAAAGAAACAGAAACCAAUCAAUGUAAUAGGCCUAUCAUAGAGCAUCUCAAGUUUGAUGGUUUAUAUACUUCCCAAGCAAGCUUAAAUUAUUUACUUGUCAAAUUAGAUAUUUUUCUAUCCCUUAUUUUACAAGGUAAAUUGACUGAGAACACAUUCUCAUUUACAGCAGCUACCUGGGGAAUAGUUACAGGGGAGAGGAGAUGACUGGGCCAAUUGGAAGCUGGGGAUGAUUAGGCAGCCAUGAUGGUAUGAGGGCCAGAUUAGGAAUUUAGCCAGGACUCCAGGGUUAGCACCCCUACUCUUACCAUAAGUGCCAUGGGAACUUUAGUGACCACAUAGAGUUAAGACACUGGUUUAAUGUCCCAUCCAAAAGACGGCAUCCUACACAGGGCAAUGUCUCCAAUCACUGCCCUGGUGCAUUGGGAUAUAUAUUAUUUGUUUUAGACCAGAGGAAAGGGUGCAUACUACUGGCCCUCCAACACCACUUCCAGCAGCAUCUGGUCUCCCAUCCAGGGAUCGACCAGUACCAACCCUGCUUAGCUUCAGAGGCAAGCCAGCAGUGGGAUGCAGGGUGUUAUGCUGCUGGAGCAAUCAUAAUGUUACAAAAGGAAAUUCUAUUAGAGUUUCAGAGGAAUAAUAACUGUAAUCACUAUCAACAAAAGUGUCCCUUUUCCCUCCUUUCCUCAGGCAUGAAGGAGAAAUCCUGUGAUGUUAGACAGAACAUGUCAUGUCACAGAACUUUGGGAGAAACUGUAUAUCUUCAGCUGAUGAAUAACGCCACGGGGUCUGAACUCAGAUUCAAGAAAGUCCGCACUAGUGUUAUUAUAGAGAUAUUCAAAAAGAAAAACAACACAGUGAUAAUCCAUGACUCCAUUAAAGCUAGAUCAGAGUUCUUUAUCAACAACGGGACAUUUAGGAUAGCGAACACAGAAAGCAGUGAUUUUGGUGAAUAUCUCUUCGAAAUCUAUAAUUCAAGUGGAAUAAAUUUGAGCACCAGAAGAGUACAACUGAUAAUUGGAGGUGAGGAGCUAAAAAGCUCAUAUCUAUUUGCCAAAUAAAAAUCUUCCAAAGAAGCUAAAGGCUUCUUGAAUGUUGACAUGCAUGAUUUUUGAGGGACUGUUUGUCAAACAUUGACUAGUGAUAAAUAUAUGAUCAAAUGUUUUUUUGGGUGUAAAAUGCUCCUUUGAAAGCUUACAUACAUGAACCCUCUUGCUUCUCCCCCAUUUCUGUCCACCUUAUCAUGUAGGAAGAUCCGAUUGGCCUAUCAUUGCGUCACUAGUAGCUGUGGUCCUGGUCCUUACAGUGGUGGUGGGAGCUUACUGUAUUCACAAGAGGGGGAGACCUCCACAGGCUCCAGGUCAGUAGUGUGACAGUCUAACAAUUCUAACAAACCUCAAAGAUUACUAUCUACAGUAUACUGAUGGUUACCACAUUCAGUCAGCUCAUGUGACUGUUGUUUCAGUGUUGUACCUCACUUUAGGACUGUUUUUAUGUGGCUUUUAUACUUUGCAUAGUGUAGGUUCAUUUCUAUAGGGCUAUUUUCAGACUUACAGACAGGCUAAGUGCACGUGAAGGAGGUCAAUCUAUUAGUGCUAAAAGCCCCAAUGCAUCAGUUUUUAUAUCAAAAUCAAAUCAUUUCUGGGUAACAUUUAAGUACCUUACUGUAAUAGAUUGGCAUUAAAAUAGGCAAAAGUAGCUUUUAGCAAAUCAUUAUUUUUUAAGCAAAAAUUUUGCUAGGACAGUCUGGGAGUGGUUGAGUGGGGAAUGGAAAACUGAAAAAUAGCUGUUAUUGGCAGAGAGGUUUGGAACUCUCUUUGUUAUUGGUCUAUUAACCAAUUUACCACAUGGUGAUGUCACCAUGCAAAGCUGAAACUCCCACCUAUGCAAACCUGCUGAAUAGAAGGUCCUGUGUAGAUUGUAUUUUCAACCAGGAAAUUACCUGGUUGAAAAUGUUUUCACACUUUUGUGAUUUUCAUCAACUGUUGUACAAUAUGAUAUAAAACACAGGAAAAACAUAUUUUUAACUGCACUGGGCCUUUAAGUAGGCUUUUGACCCUCGAAGUAUAAUUGUCAACAAAUGAUCUGUGCAUUAGCAAACCCCCCCCCCAAACACUCAUGUCACAUCUCCCCAGUCCCCACAGAUGCUGAUGAGAGUCCAGAAUUGGAAUAUGCUGACGUCACUAUUCUAAAGAAGAUGGAUAAACCCCCGGAGGUUCCAGAGGAGGUGAAGUAUGGACAGGUUGUAGUGUUGGAGGGUUCCAGACAAACCAAAGAGAGAGACAGACCUGAGAGGCUGGAGGAUACUGUGUAUGCUGGAAUACAGUUUGGCCAAUGA